UUUGAGCGUCCUCUGUGGAUUUCUCUGCGAAAGGUUAAUUAGAUCGCACAGAGGAAGGAAGAUUAAAGGAGGGAAAUGAAGAAAAAAAAAGAAAAGCCGAGAGAAAGGAAACAGACCGACGGCUCACACCUGGAUUGUGACUUGACGUUACUUUGGAUUACUCGGGAGAGCAUGCUUAUCUUUUUUAAAGUCUUUUAACUGGAUUCUCGAGCAUCAAGCGUUCGUUCUUCAUCUUCUAGGAAAGAAAGCCGUUUUUUUUUUGGUUGUUGUUGUUCUGGGGUAGAGGAUGCUUAUUAUGUUUAAACCACCGGGAAUGACUCGGACUCCUGGUGUGUAAAUGCCGUGAGAGGAAGAAAUCAAACAGGACGAUUUGUUGGAGAGAAAAAGUCGAAAGGUGUAGAAACGGAGGAUGAGUGUGAGGUGGGAGACGGAGGGACUGCAGACUGUGGGUAUCGUCUGCCUGGUGUUCAUGUUCCUCAAACUCAUGCACUUACUCGGACUUAUAGACAUCACGGAGACAGACAGCAGCGACAGCGACCUGGAGCUGGCCACCGUCAGGCACCAACCCGAGGGCCUGGAGCAGCUGCAGGCUCAGACCAAGUUCACUCGCAAGGAGCUGCAGUCGCUCUACAGGGGCUUCAAAAACGAAUGCCCGAGUGGCCUGGUCGAUGAGGAAACUUUUAAGACCAUCUACUCUCAGUUUUUUCCCCAAGGAGACGCCACCACGUACGCUCACUUCCUGUUUAAUGCUUUUGAUCUGGACAGAAACGGAUCCAUUCGCUUCGAGGAUUUUGUGAUCGGGCUGUCUGUGCUCCUGAGAGGCUCAGUCACAGAAAAACUCAACUGGGCCUUCAACCUGUACGACAUCAACAAAGACGGCUACAUCACCAAAGAGGAAAUGCUGCUGAUCAUGAAGUCUAUCUAUGAUAUGAUGGGCAGAUACACUUACCCCUGCGUACGAGACGACGCGCCAUCUGAACACGUGGAGAAGUUCUUUCAGAAAAUGGACAGGAACCAGGACGGCGUAGUGACGAUCGAGGAGUUCAUCGAGACAUGUCAGAAGGAUGAAAACAUCAUGAGCUCCAUGCAACUCUUCGAGAAUGUCAUCUAGAGAUUUAUAACGCAGGAUCCUCAGCACAUAUAUACAACAAACUCCUGGGGAAAAAAAUAAAAAUAAAAUAACACUCUUCCAUUAUACAGAUCUUCACAUGCAAAGCCAGGAGCACAGGGUCUGGCACUCCAACCUGAUAGAGACCACACGUAAAAGGGGGGGGUAAAAAGGGUGGGGGAGGGGGGAAAGGGAAGGGAGGGGUGAUAGGGGAAGGGGUUGUUUUUACUGCACAGCACAGAGUGUGUACGGAUAAACAGAAGAGGAACGAAGACGUCUUUAAAGAAGGUAUUUUCCAGAUUUGAACAAGAUGACCUUUUCAUCUUUGAGCUCUCGGAUUGUUUCAGAGACAUGACAGUUCCUCGAGUGACCACCAGGGGCACCAAAGACUCAAAGAAGCACAAGGGAGGGCGAAAAGGGGGGAGGGAAGGGGAAUAAAAAAAAAAAACAGUUGAACUUAAGCAUGCUCAUCCAAAACGCUGUGUGAUUUUUGUGGUUUGCCUGCACUGAGAAUGACGAAGUUGUACAUUUCCUUCUUUUUUUUUUUGUAGGCCAGUAGCUUCCUCACAGAAACCAUACACACACACACACAAACACAAACACACUUCAUGCACUACAGGACUCGUCUAGCGUUACAUAGCGCAAGUUAUCACUUCUGCUCGAAUCUUUAUUGCACUGAUCCUCUACAAGGCAUCUAUGGUGACAUAUCAGGCCUCGGUUUGGCUCUUUUUCUCUCCUGAUUUUCAACUAUAAAAGUGUUGUAUUGGAAAAAUUCAAGCGUUUCAUUUAAUAUGAUGAAAUUGAUUGGGCGGAGUGGAAUGACUUCAUGCUUUUCAUGUAACCGAGUUCUAAUUCGAACCCACAGAUGCAGCCAUGUACAUGUGUUCGUAUUAUUUAUUCUGUUUAUUUGAUAAAGAAGAAUAUAUUAUGUUGUUAUGAUGAAUAAAGAAUGCACUUCUCCGACCUUCCGAAUCCGACUUCAAGCACUGAGUUACAGUGAUUGCUGAAAAUUUGAUAAUAAUAUUUUUUAAAAACUAAUCUUAGCUAGGAAAGGGCAGGUGUGGGUGCAGCCUUAUCUUCCAGUCAGACUCAGCUUGUUUCGAAUGAAACCCUGCCCGACCCACCCCGACUCAUCGCGGUUAAGAUCGGACACCUCAGGAUUAUGGCAUGGCAAAUAACAACUCAAUCCAAGUUCAGAUCUUGUUAAGACCUUUAGAAUAUACUGUAUAUUUCUGAAGCUGGUUCUUGUUAGAGUAAAAAGCAUUAUAAAUAUUUCACUGACUUGAG